AUGAAAAGCUUUACUUCUCGUGUACUACCUCAGAGUCUGACCAGCAAAGUGGAAGAGCUCAUCCAACAAGACAGAGAUAACAAAAGAGAAUGGGUCAUCGGUGUCCUCUUAUGUGCCUUUGCGGCCACCAUUGUCAUGAUUAUAAAUAUCAUCCUAACCAUCAUUGCUGUUGCCGUUGCAUAUUCAAGGACCGAGGACCAGGGAUUUGUCUCUGCUACACUUUACGAGGGCAAAUGCUCAACCCAAAAGAAUUGGGCUCGCGGGUUGCAUUUACUGAUCAAUAUACUCAGCACAAUUAUGCUGGCAGCCAGCAACUAUUGCAUGCAGUGCUUAAGUUCACCGUCACGCCAAAACAUUGAUGACCUGCACCCUCAACAAGAAUGGCUUGAUAUAGGAAUACCUAGUCUGAAGAAUCUCUUUUUCAUUGGUUGGAGAAGACGUGUAUUAUGGAUGGUGCUCUUGGUAUCCUCCCUACCAAUUCAUCUAAUGUUUGUUUGCAAAACUAUGUUCUCUGAUUUCGACUUCGAACACCAACCAAACAAUGAUACAGAUUUUGCGAACUGCUUCGAAGACAACAUUGCUAUGAGCAUGUCGGAUUUUUACUCUGAAGAAUUCGAGAAGCUCGACACGCAAAAGUGCAAGGAUACCUAUGCUGUCGACUUCCUUGCUGGCCGAGGAAAUCUGAUUAUCAUUACCAACAAUUCGACAGUCGACAACAAAUCGCUACUAUGGGCUGGCAGCCAGAAUGGACCUUUGGUCUUUGGAAACAACCCGUUUGGAUGGAUGUGCGACGCCUGGGUGAGUAAUAUUACAGUCCAGCCAGCAGGGUCCGUAUGUGCCACACAUCCUUAUUCUAGCAUGGGCAAAGAGCCAUACAUGGUGGGUCACUGCCGAAGCCAAAAAAUUGAUGAAAAGUGCCAACUCGUUUUCAACCUCCCUAUUUGUCUUGCUGUCAUUUUUUGUAAUGCGGCCAAGGUCUUUUGCAUGUUCUUGACAGCUCACGAUGAAAGGAGAGAGAUACUCCUCACUGUCGGUGAUGCUGUGUCUUCCUUUAUGGACAAACCGGAUACAAUGACUGAGGGGAACUGCUUAUUGUCCAAGUUCGAUAUCACAAAAUCCUCUCAAUCAUCUACAACCCUCCAACCCGGCAAGAAGAGAUGGAUGAAAUCGUCUGUAUGUUCACCUCACCUUUCUGAUGGCUCGCCUAACUUCUACAGAUGCUUUCUUCUUCUUGGGAUUUCGGGUUUCCUUCUUGGGCUUACCAUCUCUUCACUAGCUGCUGCUGCGGAAAAAACCUCGAUUUCGAGUCUCUGGAACCUGGGGUUUGGCACUCCAUCAGCAAACGCAUUAAUGAAACUUUGGGAAUAUGGCGGGGAUGGCUCAAAUCUAUCCGCGGUCUUGCUUGCAAACUGCCCACAAAUUCCAGUUUCGGUGGCAUAUUUCCUGUAUAACAAUAUACUAACCACCAUGCUUCUAGCUGCCGAGUAUGAUGGUUAUGCCCAACAACGCAAGUCUUUGCGUGUUUCCUGGCCGAAGGGGCACCAACGCUCGACCUACUACCUCACUCUUCCAUACCAAUAUAGUUUCCCUCUCAUGGUUGCCCACACGUUGCUACAUUGGCUUAUUUCCCAGAGCUUAUUCUAUGUGCAAGUCCUCCCAUUCGAUGCAAGGGGAAACCCUGUACCUGAAAAACAACUGGUUGCUUGUGGGUACUCCCCCAUCGCCAUUAUCUUUGCCAUGUCCCUUGGGGGUCUGAUGGUUUGCGCCAUCCUCGGCAUGGGAAUGAAGUGUUACAAAACAAACAUCCCACUCGCCGUUAGUUGCAGCGCUGCCGUCAGCGCUGCCUGCCAUCCUCCGCCUGGCGGUGGCGAUCCACUCAAGCCCAUCAAGUGGGGUGAAAUCCCAGAACAAGCAGCCAGACUCGAUCCGAGAACGAGCAGUGGGAAAGUAGAGACCGGCGAAGAGGAAAUAGCUCUACGCUCUUUAUCCAGUUUAUGUCCAGAAUCCAGUCUUGAUAUUGGAAGAUACCACGAGCUCUGUACUGUGGAUGGGGAGAGGUCCUUGACCCCGGAUCCAAGUUGGCAGGGGCAGGAAAGUCAUGCGAGCCAGGUGCAGUUUUUGACUGGAGAGAAUGCUUCUUCUGAUGGAGGAGAGCAAUCUGAGGGGCACUGCAGCUUUUCUUCGCUUGGUGCUAUAGCACCUAGUCUUGGGCGUCCCUACGCUUGAACUGAGUUGCAUGGUCUUGGUUUGAUUUUACUUGUAUAGUGCGCAAUACUUGGAGAGUUAUUACUUUUCGGUUUUUAUAUGGUUCAUGUUUUCAUCUGGGAAUGCAAUCAGGUUUGUGAGAGUCUUUCCCUUGUGUAACCUGGGAUUAGCAGUCAAGAGACUAGUAUGACAUGAUUGCUGUAUUUAAACAGAAUGAAAGAUACUCUGUACAUUACUGUAC